AGCACCAUUCUUCUCAGAACCACACUCAGCUAAGAGAGCCAGUAGCAGGGAGUGUAGUGAGAGUAGAGUGAGCGAGAAUGGGUGGCAAAGCCGCUCUCCUGGUGGCCCUCCUGGCCGUGAGCCUGGUCCUCGAGGCCCAGGCGGGCAGCGGCUACGGCGGCGGGCACGCCCCCACCCCGACGCCGGUCGCCCCACCCCCCAAGCACGAGAAGCCACCCAAGGGGCACAAGCCCCCUCACCACCACCACCACGCCAAACCACCGGCCGCCUCCCACGGGCCGCCGACGCACGCUCCGGCGCCACCCACCUACAGUCCCCCGACGCCUAAACCUACCCCUCCGGCCCCUAAACCCACACCACCCACCUACGCCCCGAUCCCGAAGCCGCCGAAGCCAUCUCCCUCGCCUCCGGCGUACCACCCUACGCCCAAGCCUGCACCUCCCACGUACAAACCACCAACCCAACCUAAGCCCUCACCGCCGGCGUACCACCCUACGCCCAAGCCUGCACCUCCCACGCACAAAUCACCAACCCAGCCUAAGCCCUCACCGCCGGCGUACAAGCCCGCCCCCAAGGUCUCACCGCCGGCGUACCACCCUACGCCCAAGCCUGCACCUCCCACGCACAAACCACCAACCCAGCCUAAGCCCUCACCGCCGGCGUACAAGCCCGCCCCCAAGGUCUCACCGCCGGCUUACAAGCCAGCCCCCAAGGUCUCACCGCCGGCGUACAAGCCCGCCCCCAAGGUCUCACCGCCGGCGUACAAGCCUGUCCCCAAGCCCUCACCGCCGGCGCCGAAGCCGACUCCACCGCCAUACAAGCCCCCGACGCCUACUCCUCCGGCGUACAAGCCCCCCACCCCGAGCCCCCCGCCUCCGCCGUACCACCACUAAGAAGAUCCACCACUCUGUCAAGCUGGGAGCCCAGAAUGCGGUCGAGAAGAGUUGUGCGAGCAGGCCAAGAAGAGCCACGUACGGCGUCGUUGAUCCUCCUCCGGUGUGUGUUGCUGCCGAACUAGGGCCGAUCUCUCAGGAGAUGGAAUAAUGCAGAUGGCUCCCAUUAGUUUAUCUUACCAGCUUAUCAUUUGUGUUCGUCCAGUGUUAGCGUCUGUGUUGCUAGUGUGGCAAUGUGCCCGUGUCACUGUAAAACCAUUGAUCACCACGGAAAUGGAAGUAAAAGGUGUUGUUUCCUGUUGCAUGUAA